CUGCUGACGCUGACGUCGGGUGAGGGAGCCGCAGGGACGCUCCGACCGCGGCCGCGAGGUUCUUCCCGGGGGCCGGGGCUCCGAGGUUUAAUGUAACAUACCCUCUCAUGCUUCAUCCGGCUCCUUCUCCCCAAAUCAACAACAGUAGAAAAAGAAGAGGAGGAAGACAUGUCAGGACACAAAUGUUAUUCGUGGGAUUUCCAGGAUCGAUAUGUUCAGGAUAAAUCAGUGGUAAAUAAGAUGCAGCAGAAAUACUGGGAGACGAAGCAGGCUUUCAUCAAAGCCACAGGGAAGAAGGAAGACGAGCAUGUUGUCGCCUCUGACGCAGACCUGGAUGCCAAACUAGAGCUGUUUCACUCAAUUCAGAGAACCUGUUUGGACUUGUCUAAAGCAAUUGUACUCUAUCAAAAGAGGAUAUGUUUCUUGUCUCAGGAAGAAAAUGAACUGGGAAAAUUUCUCCGAUCCCAAGGCUUCCAAGAUAAAACCAGAGCAGGAAAAAUGAUGCAAGCGACAGGAAAGGCCCUCUGCUUUUCUUCCCAGCAAAGGUUGGCCUUGCGAAAUCCUUUGUGUCGAUUUCACCAAGAAGUGGAGACCUUUCGGCACCGGGCCAUCUCCGAUACCUGGCUGACAGUGAACCGCAUGGAGCAGUGUCGGACGGAGUACAGGGGGGCGUUGUUGUGGAUGAAGGACGUGUCUCAGGAGCUGGAUCCAGACCUCUACAAGCAGAUGGAGAAGUUCAGGAAGGUACAGACACAGGUACGCCUUGCAAAAAAAAACUUUGACAAGUUGAAGAUGGACGUGUGUCAAAAAGUGGAUCUUCUUGGAGCAAGCAGAUGCAAUCUCUUGUCUCACAUGCUGGCGACAUACCAGACUACCCUGCUUCAUUUUUGGGAGAAAACUUCCCACACGAUGGCCGCCAUCCACGAGAGCUUCAGAGGUUACCAGCCAUAUGAGUUCACCACGCUGAAGAGCUUACAAGACCCAGUGAAGAAACUUGUUGAGAAAGAAGAGAAGAGGAAGGUUGCCCAGCAGGACAGUGUAGAAGCACCCAUGCAGGAGUCGAGUCAACUAAUUUCAUUAGAGGACGAAAACCAGCGCACGGACUCCCCUGGUUUUCAGACUGAAGAUGGAAAAGAUGUUUUCUCUGCCUUAGACAGAAGUGCGAUGCAUAGUGCAUGUACAGGACCCAUAGAUGGACUAUUAGACAUGAAAUCUGAGGAAGGCGCUGGCCCGGGCCCCGGGGCGGGGACCCUGGACCCCGAAGGUGCUGACAAGGACGACUUGCUGCUGCUGACGGAGAUGUUCAGUGCGUCCUCCCUGGAGGAGGGCGAGUUCGGCAGAGAGUGGGCCGCUGUGUUUGGAGACGGACGGCUGAGGGAGUCGGCCCCGGCCGCCGGCCUGGGGGAGCCAGACCUCAAGCUGCAGGCAGGAUCCAGCUUCCUUCCCUCGCAGCUCUUGGACCAGAACAUGAAGGACUUACAGGCCUCUCUGCAAGGCUGGUCAGAGAGCAAUGUCAGUCCUCCUCCUCCAAGGCCAGCACCAAAGACAAGCUGCCCAAAUGACAACAGCCGUGCAGUGAAAGAGCCUGCCAAGGCUGCCUCGGACCUGACUGCCUGGUUCAGCCUCUUUGCUGACCUUGACCCGUUGUCCAAUCCUGAUGCUGUUGGGAAGACCGAUAAAGAACACGAGUUGCUCAAUGCUUGAGUCUGCGCCUUCGGGAUGGAGCUCACGUACUGCUGGCUCCGCAGCAGCCAAGGCCUAAAGGUCCACAGCAUUCAGUAUGCUGUUUUAAUAUUUACGUGCCAUUUUAAUAAAACGAAGGGGUCAAGGGCCCUGUUUAUAUUGCUAUAA